AUGAGAGACGUGGAGAGACUGACUAACUCUUCACAGACUACAGACGUCUGGAUUGGACUGCACAGCAUAUCAAGUACCGAGAGGUCGUGGCACUGGUCUCUGCCGGGGGUGGAGUUCGAAGAAUCUGAGAAAGAAUGGGGGACAAGUCAGCCGGAUAAUUGGGCUACUGAGGAGAACUGUGUGGUGAUAAAAGGUCAACAAUGGUACCCUUACCCUUGUAAGAAUCACGUUGGGUUCAUCUGCUACAAUGAACCAAAUCAAACAUACCACUUUAUAGAUGAGUACAAGAGCUGGCUUCAGGCUCAGAGCGACUGCAGAGAACAUCACACUGACCUGGUCAGUGGAAUCAAACAGAUCAAUUCAACAGAAUUCAAGGAAGAAAUCAAAAGAUCGUCAAAUCCAGAUAACAAAUUGUGGAUCGGCCUGUUCAGAGACACCUGGAGUUGGUCAGAUGGGAAGAAUUUCUCCUUCAGACACUGGGAUCCGGACUCAUUUAAAGAAGAAGCCUCAAAGACUUGUGCUAUGACUACGCCAAAUGGAAAAUGGAGCUCCGACAUCUGCACAAAUCAAAAACCCUUCUACUGCUAUGACGACAAAGUGAUCCUGAUCAAAGAGAGUAAGACUUGGGAUGAGGCCCUGACUUACUGCAGAGAGAAGCACCAUGACCUGGUCUCCAUCACUGACCGUCACCAGCAGAGAUGGGUCGAAAAGAGAGCCAAGAUGGCCGACACUGAGUUUGUCUGGCUGGGAAUGCGCUACACCUGCACUCUGGACCUGUGGUUCUGGGUCAUUGAUCGUCUGGUCUGCUAUUACAACUGGGCCCAACAAGAAAAGACUGAGGGUUGUGACAGGGCUACAGCCAUGAAGAGAGAUGGAGAGUGGUACAAAAAGGCUGACGAUGAAAAGUUUCAUUUCAUCUGCGCUAAGUAAACCCAUUUGUAUAUUUACUGCAACAAGCUCACUCUUCUCUAAUAUGUAUCUGCUCUCUGGGUUUAUUGAAUGGCUCUAGUUCAAAUAUAGAAAUCACAGCCUGAAGAGGGGAGAAACUAAAUGACUAACAGAUUACUAACUGAAAUGGAGAAAAAGGGGCGACACUAAAACAUACAUUUGCCUCUGUGAACAUCUGAAUUACUUUAUGAUGUGGACUUGUUAUAGUAGUUAUUGAUAUAAUGUAUAUUUAUCCUCUCAAAGUGUGAAACCUGUAAUCUUCAUUUGAAUUGUUGUGUCCUAUUAUAUGUUUAUGAGGAAAAAUAUAUAAAAAGACAAAUCUAUAAUGUUUUGCUUUCCAUAAAUAUUUUACGUUAUGGUUGAAAUGUGGUGAUGGUUAUAAUAUGUGUAUCACUAUUUUGUCAUAUUUACCUUUGUGGAGUUUUAACUGGAUGUUUAAUUGUCUAAAGCUGAAUAAACGAUCU